AUUUGAUUGUUUACAUCGCCCCUAUUCAACCUAACUCUUCCAUCGUUCUCGUACCUCUGUCCUCUCAACAUUCCGGAAUCUUUGACAUUUUGCCGAGAAUUUGUACGUCCGUCUCCUCGUCAUUGGCACUGUGUAUGAAUUUUGCCUCCAUAAUCACGACCUUAUGUCUCAUGGGAAGUUUGGCGUUGCUCUGCGCUUCAAAUGCUCGAUUUCACGACAAUGAAUAAGUCCAGGAUAUCGUCUACUACAUAUCCCCAAAUCCCGCUGGCUCAAGCUUUUCCAUGUUCAUUAAAUAUAUGCUUAUACGCCAUUUCAAGUGCCGGGCUUGAAUUCCGCCGAAUAGAACAACUUAUAUGCUUAGUGCUCAGCCCCUCAAUUCCUAUUUUCUACAUAUUGCAACCAGCGGGGGCUGUACUGAUCUGCUGGAGGCUCGUUGCUUUUCCAAUCCUACUUUCAAUCAUGGAAUCGACACACUUCCUCGUUCGAUUUUUCCUCCAUUUGUCGUGCCACGGAGUUAUUAUUGAUACUGUCUUUCAAUCACAACAUACGCCUAUGAUCUCUACUACCCUCCGCCCUGCGUUCAUCUACAAGUUGCUCUUCUCCGACCAUGUUUUAACCUUCACGUGUACAGCGCAUGCAAGACUGCAUUUGGUGGAAGUAUCUUGAUCAGACCAGACACCAUCACCACCAGCCACCACUAAGUGCUCCACACGAAAAGAGCUAUCUGUGACGGCGGCCCUUCACUUUUGGCUUGUUUCGUGACAUAGAUGCUGUACCUGGUGUCAAAAUGGAUGGCUCUCAUACCAUUGCAACGUCCUCUUUCUCAGAUUUUGAGUAUCGCAUCUGUUCUUAAACACGGUCCGGUCGUUUCCUUGUUUCUGAACUUC